UACUCUAGGCGCAUGCGGUAACCUUCUCUGAGUUCUCGCGAGGCUUCCUCUCCCGGAAGCACCGGAGGACCUUCCCAGUUAACGGAGUCGCGAUGUGUGGGGACUGUGUGGAGAAGGAAUAUCCCAACCGGGGUACCAUCUGCCUGGAGAAUGGGUCUUUCUUGCUGAACUUUACAGGCUGUGCAGUGUGCAGUAAGCGGGAUUUUAUGCUGAUCACAAACAAAUCUUUGAAAGAGGAGGAUGGAGAAGAAAUAGUUACCUAUGAUCAUCUUUGUAAGAAUUGUCAUCACGUAAUAGCCAGGCAUGAGUAUACGUUCAGUAUCAUGGAUGAAUUUCAGGAGUAUACCAUGCUGUGUCUGUUAUGUGGUAAAGCCGAAGAUACUAUCAGUAUUCUCCCUGACGACCCCCGACAAAUGACUCUGUUACUCUAAGGAUCCUUCUGCGGUUCUGUUGUAAUGAUGUUGUGUUGGUUUACAAUAUAGGAAGACUGAUGGUUUGUCUAACUUAGUUUAUAAUGGAAAUUAUUUGACUAUUAUUUUUUCUGCCUAAGCCUACCUAUUCCUUGAGAGAAAAGGUAAUUUAGGGGAUUGCUGUUCUCUAGAGCUGAUCUCUUCUACUAAAGUUCUCAGUGCACAUCAGUGCAGCCAGAAUGAAGCAUUUUUGUUAGCAGUUAUGUGGCUAAAAAAUAAUCAGGAUGGGAGCACAUCUAGUGCCCAGAUCUUGAUUCCAAUAAAAGGAACUAGAACUCAUUGGAGAAAUGACUUGAGUCUAGGACUGGGGCAGUAAAUAUACAAGAUGAGCUUGGAGUAUCUUGAGCCAGAAAAAAAAGGAGGUGCUCAAAAGAAAAAUCACAAUGAUUGGGAAUAUAUCAAAGGGACAGAGGAGCCAGCUGAAGGAGCUCCCAGUGACCAAAAUUGGAACAAUUUGAGCAACAAAAUAAAGUAGUAUUAGAUUAUAACCCAAAGUAUAAAAUAAAUAUUCAUAAGUCCAUACUGUUAUAAAUGAAUGAUUGAAUAAAUAAAAACAUAAAUUGAAGACAAUAGACAAAUUCUGCAUGCAGAAUAAUUUCAAAUAAUGUAUGUGGAUACCCUUCACUCCUUAAGUGUGUGAUUGCAUAGUGACUUCCUUCCAAAGGGUAUAGUAUGGAAAGUGGGAAAAAGUUGCUUUACGGUGGAGAAACCUGAC